UGAAAACAAAAGAGAGAAUCGAAUCAGCUGAAAAAAUAUUAGAGAAAAUUUUGAUUUAAACUAUAAUAGAUUCUUAACUUCAUUGACUUCUUGCUUAUUUCUGCAUCACAAGAAAAUAUAUUUGAUUAAUUGGAAUAGAGUUCCAAGAGAUAAUUGUUAAAUAUGGAGAAUUCGGAAACUUCGUCGCAAACCCAAAAAUCUCCUUCAAAAGAAAAAGUAGAAAAAUCAAGAGAUUCGCCAGCAGUAACUCCAUCAAGCAGCUCAACAUGGUGGGGUGGUUGGAUUAAUCAGGCAAAGGAAAAGUCAGCUUCAGUUCUUGAGGCAGUAAAAAAUGAUUUAAAUGAAAUUACUUCAGCGGUCACUGAGACAUUGAACUUAGUUCCAUCUGAAGAAGAAUUUUUAAAAGAGCCAUCAAGUGAUGCUUCUGAUUCUCAACAACAGCAGCAACAACAACAACAUCCAAGUACUGUUAAUUUUGCGAAUAUGAAGCAAAGUAUUAGUUCCUCAAUUUCUACAUUUUUUGGAACGGUGUCGGAUGCUUUAAUUCCCCAAAUGGAUGAAGAUGAUGUCAGCGAAGCUAUUCUAAUAACAAAUGAUGAUUCUAUUGUGCUGACUGGAUUUACAAAAUUCCUAGCCGAGAUGCAAGCAAAUGACGAAACAUAUUUAGAGGAACCUAGCAAGACUGCAGAAUUAGCUGAAAAGUAUCGAAUGUGGCUCGAAGUUGUUGAACAGGAUCAAUUCACACAACAAAGAGUUGAUAAAAUGCUUGAGCAAUCACAAAUUCUUAACGAAAAAUACAACAAAUUUGUGCCUAAUACCGUUUCACACAUGAACUUCUUUAAGCGCUAUCUAUUCAAGAAAGCUUUAUUAGAAGAUGAAUUGGCGAACGAGGAAAGGAGAAAGAAGGAGGAAAUGGUAAUAGAAAAACAACCUGAGCCAGCUGUCGUUAUUGAGUCACCUACGCCAGUAGUAGCACAAAUUAAACAGACACAACCACAGCCUCAGCAACAAACUACUAGAAAAAAUGAAAUAAAUGAUCUUGACAUAGCAAAUUAUGAAAUAUCCGAGGAAGAACAAGCUCGAUUAUUAGCUGAAUAUGAACAAGAAAUAAAGGAACGUGAGAAGAAUAAAUCUGAUGACGAUAUUGUAGUUCCUGACGAAGACUUAGCUGACAUUGAACCGACUCCCAAGCCUAAAGCUCAAAAACCAACGAAAAAAUCUACAGUGCAAUCUAAAACAUCCACUUCCACUUCUGCUGCCGCUGCUACUAAAGGUAAGAAUAUUAAAGAUUCCAAAACACAACAGCAUCAACAUAAGUCGAAUCAACAACAGAAAACAAAAAACCCAGAGAAAUUAAAGACAGCAACAAAAAGAGCGGACGAUCCACUGCCAAUUGAGAAAGAUCACUUUAAAAAGGAAUCGGAUACAUCCACAAGCGAUGAAAGUUGGGAAAAAGAUUUUGACAUGUAAGUCAUGAAUAUCCUAUAAAAAAAACCUUUAAUUUAUAUAUUUUAAGCAUUUCGCCACAAAAUCUAUCUCUAUUUGUGGAGUCACCUUAUUGUUUUGAAAUAGUUCACGUUUUUAAUUCAUAGAAACAAACCUCUUUGAUUCCCAGAGCUCCAAUUCAAUGAUUCAUCAUGAAUCCUUUAUUCAUAUUUUUUCAAAUUUACCUUUAAGUUUAGCAUGACUUUAUUUCAGUAUGACGAAGUAAUUGGACAUUUCAACUUUCAAGUCGUGAUGUGAUAAAAAAUGAUUGAUUUGUCUUUGACAUAUUGAAACUUAAACAUUUUCCAGUUUGUAUUGAUAAACUUCUUGUCUUCUUUUUGUACGCAUUGCUAAACGUGUACGUAUUCCUAACGUUAAAGUCGUUUGAAUCAAGAAAAAUCCUUAAAUUUAGAAAGUUUAAAAGAAAUUUCAAUCAUUUUUUAUUACAGCACAUAAUGAAUAUUUUUGUAAUUGAUGCAAUCUUUAUUUUUAAAAAUUUAACUUAAUUCAUAAUUUCGACAGUUAUUUAAUAACAGAUAAAAAUUGUAUAUUUACUAA